CCUCUUCAUGAACAGCUAUUAAAACUUACAGCUAUGGAUCAAAUCUUUAUCGGUGAUGUCAUUACAAUUGGCAACUGGUUCAAAUCAAAAACUGGAGUCGUGAGUGAGGUCCGAAAAAGUCCUGAAGGCAAUGACACAAACGGUCAAAUAAAGGUCAUUUACUGUAAGUUUCCAAUAGGUUUUGGCCGUGGAACUAUCGUCGAGGAAACCAUUGAAUUGGAUCCGGAAAAAGCCAUUUACAACCAUGAUUUUUCCGGAUGUAAGGUUUAUGAGCCAGAAAUUGUUGUUCAGAGGGCAAAACAAAGAUUAGGCGAAAUACAAUAUGGCCUGACCAAUCUUUCUCGUCAUUUUUGUCACUGGGCGAAAGUUAACGAAGAACAAAAUGAUAGAGAUAUUAAUGAAGCUGAGUUUGGGCUUCAAUAUGUUGAAGAACUAGACCCUAACAAUUCAAAUACAAAUGUUCAUACAAUUGAUGUCGACCACACAAGAGGUAGAAGGCAUUCGUCGAUGUCAUGUGGAAUGAUUAGGGCAUACAUACCAAAUGAUGUAAAAGAAGGACUAAUAGUUGGAUAUGGACGUUUGUUGCAUAGAGUUGCAGUCUGUACCAAAGUUGAAGUUGAUGAAAGUUGUCCGUCAAAGCGUUAUAUAUGCAUAACCGUUGUGCAUUGUGGUGAUUUGUGUAAACGUAAAGUACGUGAAGAGAGGUUAAAAUUUGACCUUAAUGUCGAUCGUGUAUAUGUUUAUAAGUACCAUCCAAUCUACAGACGUAAAACAAGUGACAUUAUCACACGGGCACAAGCUUUGGUUGGGAAAAACGGAGAAUGGACUUUAUUUCCGGCUUCUUUAGAAUUUGCACGGAAAAUCGUUGUCAAAGAAAAUGAUCAAAAGGUGUCAAAACUAGAUCAACUUAAUCAAGGGGAUGUUAUAAAAUGCUCGUCCUAUCGUCUCUUUACGCACGAGGCACUGGUUACAGAGGUCAAUAAGAAUGCAAACAAUCUGAAGAUAAUUCACUAUACUUCAAAUAGCAUUUUAGCUACACGGACUGUUAAAGAAGAAAGUAUUGAUGUUGAUUUGGAGAAAUUCCCAUUAUAUAAGAAGAGUUACCAUGGAUACGUUACAUACCCUGCUAAUAUUGCCGUUGCGCGAGCUCGUUCAAGACUUGGCGAAAGGCGAUACUCAAUCAAUGGAAACAGAUCAUCAGAUUUUGUACAUUGGGCAAAAGUUGUUCACCAUCCAGCUUUUGUUACAAAAAAAUCACCAUCUCUUAGUUCAAGUAAAAGUUCUAACGAGGAGAGUAGAGUUCUCCUUUUACCAAAGGCUGGUCAACAAUAUGAAGAAUUUCAGCGCUUUCCUGCUUAUGUCUGGUCCGACUUGUACCCUGGUGUUAUUGUAGAGUAUCGGUAUAAUUUUAUCUGGUACAGAGGUAUCCUGUCCCACACAGACGAGAAAAGCAAAACUAUUAAAGUGAUAAAUUAUUGUACAGACCGAUUUCUCGUUACCAGAACAAUUAAAGAGUAUUCAAUAAAUAGAGACUUGCAAACACAAGACAUCUGGAUUUAUAAAAGUCAUCCAUUUGAUUGUUAUGAAGCAGGAGAUGUGCUUAAAAAUGCUCGUAAACGUCUGGGAGAACAAAAGUGGAAUUUUGGCAGAAAAUCAUGGAACUUCUGUAAAGAGUGUGUGCUAAGAAAGAGGUCUAACGAUGUGUAAUUCAGCUGACUCAAAUGUGUCAAAUUUGAUUCGACGCUUCGAUUAAACCAUAUAUUUGACACAUUAAGUCAUGCACUUCGGUGUGGAACAAGUGGUGGAAUGACAUUGUCUUCAAUACUACAUAAUGACGGAUGUCUGUCAUGAAACGUUAACUAGUUCCACGAUAUCACACACUUCUGUUCAUUUCAAAUCGGCUUGUUUAAAAUAUUCAUCAUGGAGAUUAGGGAAGUAUUCGGAAAUCUUCCUCUUAGUAUCAUUGUAUAAUAAUGUCCCGGAAAAUAACUGUAAAUGACUAAGGGAGUAUAGAAGCUAACCGGAAUUUAGAUUUGGGACUUUGUGCAGCAGUUAAAUUAUUCAUGAAUCCAUCUCCAUAAUCUCAGUAACAUUUGACUCGAGGGGAAAAGAAAUGACAAAGAUUAUAGUUGAAUUAAAAUUUUUUU